AUGGAAAGAAUCAUAGAAUGCUCCUCCUCACCGGAGGAAAGUCACGGCGGGGCCGGUCGUUCUGAGACGCCCGCAGCCACGGCUGGACCGCUCUACCUCAUCUUGGAUGACAAUUUUUAUUACCAGAGCAUGAGAUACGAGGUGUACCAGCUGGCUCGCAAAUAUUCCUUGAGCUUCUGCCAGUUAUUUUUAGAGUGUCCACUUGAAUGCUGCUUGCAGAGAAAUCGUCUGAGAAGCCAUCCGUUGCCUGACCAGACAAUAUGUUUAAUGGCGAGAAAAAUAGAAAUGCCAGAUCUCAAGAAAAACGCUUGGGAACAGAACAGCCUCAUUCUGAAAAGUUUUGAUUGCAGUUUCGAGGAUGAGUACGUUGCUGGAUUGGUGCUAGGGUUUUCCAUGAGCUGUCAGAUAAUCAGUUUGCUGGCCACUGCUUUGGAAAAUCCAGUGAAGCCAAACGAGGAAAACCUUGAGCAAAAGGAAGCGGAUCGAGCGAUCUGUGCGGCUAGUACUGUCCAUCAGGCUGACGGGAUAUGCAGACGCAUCAUCUCUCAGACAAUGAAGGAUGCCAAAGAUAAAAAUAUACUCCCAAGUGAGAUGAAGAGCCUGGCAGAAGAACUCAACAAACUCAAAGCAGAAUUUUUGGAAGACUUGCGGCAAGGAAAUAAUUUGAAAAACCAAAUUUGCGUACAAAAUCAAUAUUCUGACCCUGCUACAAGUGUAACUUCUUCAUUCCAACACAAGGCAACCAAUGUGGUUAAUAAAUAUAUUUUAAAAUAA